UGAGUCUUCGUUGUGUGUUUGAAGAGUAGAGAUCCACCAUGUUUCUGCAGAGAAGCACUUACCUCGUAGCCUUUUUGCUUUGCUCUUUGAGUGUUUGGUGCAAAAUGGCAUCUGCAGGAUCCAGCUAUCUCAGCCCUUCACACAAACCUCAGAUGAGGGUGAAAUCCAGAGUUGGCCGUCAAACCAGUGAAGGACCUGGUCAGCCCACAUCAGACAACAGCUAUCAAGUAUCUGCUCCAUUUGCGCUCGACUUCACUUUUAAUGAACAGGAUUUUGACGAUUAUGCAGCCAUUGUUCAGCGCAUCCUUAAAAAUCUGCUCGGAGACACACCGCCUCCAGGUCCAAACAACUGAUGAAUAUGUCAACAAUGCUCUUCAUUCAUUUCAUCUACCUUUUCUGAUUUUAUUGAUUUAUUGAUAAUUCUGAAAUGAAAUGUGUCACCUCAAAAUACUUUCCAAUCAAAAAGGUAAAUUAAUCAUUGUGUCAGCCUAGAUUAGCACCUAUUGGCUUCUGUCACUGUCAAAAUCAUGUAAAGAUGUGUGUUGUGUGAUAGUAAAGCAUUAAAAUCUGUGUUAA